AUGUCGGCCUCCAGCUCUACCCCCAGACGAAGACCUCUGCGUGGCUCGGCGCCCGGCAACCUCACGCACUAUCGUGAUCCGGAGCUUUCGUCGCCGCUUCUCGGCUCAGAGACUCCGGGUUCAGGGCUCUUAUCGGGAUCGGUUGAUCUAUCACCAAAAGAGGCGUCCCCCUCGAAAUCGGGGGCACACAUCACACAAGCCGAUUCCGACAAUGGAUCCUGCCCCUACGGAUGCUGCAAAACUGAAACUGUGUCGGACUACUUCUACAAGCGUGGGUUUUUAGAAGGAGCCUACUCAGACGUCCGGGUCACGGCGUUUGGAGCCACAUACAGGCUCCAUCGGCUUGUUCUAGAUAGAAGCGACUACUUCCAGAGCUUGUUCAAAUGGCCCGCCGACGAUGAGGAUCACGUUCGCGACGAGUACGUUCUGGAGUUUGACGACCCGCGCAUCACUCAGCACAGUUUCGAAUUGGCCAUCUCGAGACUGUACGGCGUCGUUAAUGUGACAGAGGAGUCCAAAAUUCCGUACAGCAUGAUCGCUGUGGGCCAGUAUCUUGCCAUCAACGAGGCGGUGUGUACGGCGACCGACUGCAUCGUCAAGAACAUGAACAUGGCCAACAUCUCGGACGUUAUCAGGUUUGCCGUCUCAAGCAAUUACGGAGCCGCCAGCGAGAGGAUUAUACAGAACGGCAAGGGCAUAUUGUCCACGGACGGCUGGGAAGUCGGCAUUGAGCCUUGGGACGACCUACCGGCCACCGUCAUUGCAGAUGUGGUUGGCGAAGAUUACUUCUUUGUCCCCAGUGAAUGGGACCGGUGCAUAUUUAUCAUCAAGCUGUUGGAACGACGCAUUGAGGCAAACUACGACGAGGACGAAAUUGCGCCUAUCAAGACGACAUUGAACGAAAAACUGCAUUACUGUCACAUGAGUCCUGAACAGCUCCAAGAGCUGGAAUCUUUCACAGAUAUCUACGGCCGCCCCUACGUCGACCCGCAGGUGCUGCACAAGGCGCUAUGGCAGGCAGUUUAUCUGCAGCGGCUGGUUCUCAGCUCGCCAACAUCGAACAUAGCGUCUACCGUGACAAGCGCUGCUCCGCCGUCGUCCGACUCCAAAUGGUUCAGAAUUCCAAUUAAAGACGCCACCAUCUCUGGUCUCCCUGCGGAACUCGACAGAAAAAUGGCCGACAUGCUCAGCUCGUCGCCAGCUACAGGACCCGUCGAGAACGGGAAGUCCACGCAGGACGAGAGCCCGAAAAUCGAGCGGCUCUACAGCUGGACCUCGAUUCCUCCGUUUCGAUUUUCUAUCGCAUUCGCAAACGUUUCUGACCUUUUGACGGAAAAGAGAGUCUAUGGAACAACUUUCUGGUAUGCCGGCUCAUAUUGGAACUUGUAUCUCCAGAAGAACAAGAUCCAGUUAAAAAACACAUACCAGAUAGGCGCAUAUCUGCACAGAGCAAACAACAGCGGGUCCACGUCGUCCUCUAAAUAUAGUCUGACCAAUCCAAACGUUUUCGCAGGCAACGUGAAUUACCAGAGCAUGCCCAAAAAACACCACGAUCUAGUGAACGCUCGGAUGGAAAGAAAUAUGGCUCCGUUGGGAAGCAAUUUGCAUGGAGCCGAGGAGAAAGAGAACGUGCAGGACGAUAGUUCGCUCAGUUUGAACGAUCUUUCUCUUAACGACUCCUCUGCACCGUCUGUCAGAAGCCCUGGAACAGAGCCACGCUCGUUCCUCACCUACGAAGACCAACGAAACGUUAUCAUGGUGUACUUUAUCAUGUUUACUCCAUCUAGACGCGAAAAACCCACAAUCACCUCCUUCCUCUCUGUCCCGAACGAUUUCCACAAGUCUCAGAGCUGGGGUUGGAAAAGCAACAGUAUCUGCGUGUUUAACGAGGACGGAACGUUCCCUGAAGGCCACGACAAACACCUCAAAUUUAUGAUUGUGCUGGGCAACGUUUGA